UCUCUCUCUCUCUCUCUCUCUCUCUCUCUCAAUGUUUCAUUCGCUUGCGAUAACAUGGGAGUAGGAGUAGAGCACAGGACGUAGACGUACGGUGACCGGCGUCCAUGGCAUCAAGCUCGCAGCAUCCCGCCGCAAUAGGAAGCGGCGGAGGAGACAAAAAUCAAGCGGAGGACGCGGCGGCGGUGCCGGCGGCGGCGGCGUCAGAGGCCGGCGGCCAGCUGGUGAUGCCCGAGGACGGCCACGAAUGGAAGAAGUACGGCCAGAAGUUCAUCAAGAACAUCCAAAAAAUCAGGAGCUACUUCCGGUGCCGCCACAGGCUGUGCGGCGCCAAGAAGAAGGUGGAGUGGCACCCGAGCGACCCCAGCGGGGCCCUCCGCGUCGUCUACGAGGGCGCGCACCAGCACGGCUCCCCGUCGCCGCCGUCGUCAGCGGCCGGCGGCGCCUCCAACAGGUACGAGCUGGGCGCGCAGAUCUUCGGCGGGGCUCGCUCGCAGUCGCAGUGACCGACCCCAGGAAGAAAAGCCGGCGGCGGCGCUCGUGAAUCCGGCCUGUCCUGCUCCUGCUCCGGCAUCUAUAUCUCUUUCACUGUGCGCCGGACGGCAGCGGCAGGUGGCUAGUGCUGCCGUCGCCGUCGGGUGGCCAUCAGGUGGCGGUGGCGAUGCCGGUUGACGCCUUGCGCCGGUGCAAUGUGACGUUGAUUGGGGGAUUAGUGAUUGCUGGUCAGGUCAACUCUGCGGUCUGGUACCUGUAGUGCCGCAGUAUGCCAGUGUGCACGAAAUAAGAGUGAGGAACUCUGAUGGUCUCUAGGGUUUUUUUUUUUUGGAAUGGUCUCUAGAUUUGUUCGCACGUGUCGUCUAAAUCUUUGAACUAUUAAUCAUGUUUCGAGACUUGUUAAAUGAUUUAUUUGAUGUCAAAACUUGCUUAAUCGACAUGUAGUCGUUUAUGUGGCA